AUGGAGCAGCGCCAGAUCGACUACUUGAAGAGGAAGAGGGAAGCGUUCGAUGUGUACGAUGACCCAGGCGAAGACGACGAUGCGCCCGAUCCAGGUCGUGAUGCUUCCAAAGCUAGAUGGAAUAAGACUGCUGGCAGACCACCGCCCUCGCCCUCACGGGUUGUCUUCUCCAAUUCCACUUCCAAAUCUAGGUCAUUAGCACGCUCGAACUCCGACACCCGGGUCGGUGGGAAGGAUGAUCCAUUUGCGGUUCCAUCGAGCACAGAUCCUACAAGGACAAUGCCAAAUCGUCCACCCAUUCCAAGCGGUCUAAGGAAGAGUGUCUCCGACUUUCCAAGGCCAACCUCAGCAUCCUCCAAGGCUCCUGAGAAGCGAAGACGUGAAGAGGCUCCUGCUUCCACUGCGCCAGCUCAGGAGCAGAAGCUCUUUUCUGGACUUCACUUCUACUUCUUCCCAAAUAACGACGCCAAUCCAGCUCGUCGCAUGAGAAUUGUCAAAAGCCUUGAGCAUGGAGCAGCAUGGCUGAAGUCGUGGAACGAGGUUCUCGUCACCCAUGUCAUCUUGGACAGUUCGUUGACAGUCUCUCAACUCAUCAAGUACUUGAAAUUGAAAGGCCUUCCAUCAAGCGUGGCCGUUGUCUCCGAAAACUACACUGCUGAGUGCAUCAGCUAUCGAACAUUGCUUGACCCAACAUCAACCCGAUUCGCUGUGAGUGAUUUCAAGCCUCCUUCAAUUUCAAGACCAGCUUCAGCGAAUUCGAACACUUCUCCUCAGCUCAAGCCCGCUGGUAAGUCGGAGGCCGCUCGUCGACGCCAAGCAACACCUCCCGCAUACAGGAGUGAAACUACAAAUACCAAGCCAGCUGCACCAGGGCCCUUACUAGAUGACAAGCCCGAUGCUUCUGAUCGUAUUGCCGAUAGCUUUGAUGAGACUCAGAUCGAAGUCAGCGAAGAGCUGGACAAGGCCAUAGAACGGGCGAAGGCUCUGGAGCACAUUCCACUCGAUGACGAAGAGGACCUCAAACCAAUGAGCUCCGAAGGACCAGACAACAGCGACGAUGAGCGGAGAGCAGGCGAGCAAUUUUUGGCCAAGCGAAAGAACAAGGUUCGAAAACUAGAAGACAGGUUUCAGUGUAUGCAGAAGCACACCGGCGAUAACCCCAACAAUCCCAACCAGCAGACGAUCGACAUCUUGCAGUCCAUGGCAGAUUACUACGGCCAGACCGGAGAUGAGUGGCGAAUACGGGCCUACAGAAAAGCCAUAGCCAUGCUACGAAACCAUCCGAGCAAAGUCUGCACCAAGGAAGAAGCACACGCUCUCCCUAACAUCGGAGAGCGACUCGCUGUCAAAAUCGAAGAGAUUGCCUCGACAAAUCGCCUGAGAAGGCUGGAUGAAGCCCGUGCCGAGCCUAGUGAUCAAGUCUUGCAGACGUUCAUGAAAGUUUAUGGCGCUGGAAUCGUACAAGCAACCAAGUGGGUCGACGAAGGCUACACCAAUCUCGAUGAACUACUGCAAAAAGCGAAUUUGACAGACAAUCAACGCAUCGGUAUCGAGCACUAUGAAGAUUUCAACUCACGCAUUCCCCGCGAAGAAGUUCAACGACACGGGAACAUCAUCCGCAAUUCACUCCGCGCGAUCGACCCAGCGUUCGAAGUCAUCAUCGGGGGCUCUUUUCGACGCGGCGCCAAGGACUCGGGCGAUAUCGACUGCAUCAUCACGCGUCCCAAUACCAAGGCCGAUCAUCUGCGCAAUAUCGCUCUCGGACAGCUCGUGCCACAGCUCACCGCAGAUGGCUUCCUCGUCGCCAGCUUGGCCAUCACCUCGCGCGACGACGGAAGCAAAUGGCACGGAGCGUCGUGUCUCCCAGGCUCCACGACCUGGAGACGUCUGGAUCUGUUGCUGGUCCCCUCGGAGGAGCUGGGUGCUGCGUUGAUCUAUUUCACCGGGAAUGACAUUUUCAAUCGAAGCCUGCGACUGCUCGCGAGUACCAAAGGUAUGCGGCUCAACCAGCGAGGCUUGUACAAGGGCGUCAUGAGAGGACCGGGAAGGGUGAAGCUCACCGAGGGGGAGCUCGUGGAAGGCAAGGACGAGAAGAAGAUUUUCGCGGCUCUCGGAGUACCGUGGCGGCCGCCGGAGCACCGAAUCUGCUGA